GGAGGGACAAGGCUCUUGGCACCAGCUGUGACACAUAACCCAGCAUCUCAACACAAAAGGUCUCAGCUCGAACCAUCAUGGAAGCCGCCAUCUUCACCAUUAUCACCCAGUUCAAGACACACGCUGGGAAAGAUGGGUCCUCCAGCACCCUGAGCAAAGACGAAUUCCACAUCCUGGUGACCUCAGAGCUGCCCAACUAUGUCAAGAACGCCAGCGAUCCCGGGGCCAUCGAGCAGCUCAUGGGCUCGCUGGAUGAAAACAACGACGGGGAGCUAAACUUCUCCGAGUUCUGGCAGCUGAUUGGGAAGCUGGCGAGCAAACAGGGCGGCUUCAGUCAGUAGGAGAGCCCGCCUUCAUCUGUCAAGUGUGGGCUUGGAGCAGAUUGGACAACACCGAUGAACCCAAUUGAAGCUGUCAAACUGUAAAAUCAAAGGCAUUCAAAUGUUUUCAUCCAACCCCACCAGUGCCACAUGUGUAACUCUUUAGUUAACCAUUUCUCCAAUGCAGGGAACUUUGAAUUAAAGGCUUCAUUGUCUUGAACCCUGGGCC